GGUCAGGGUUUCGUACGUAGCAGAGCAGCUCCCUCGCUGCGAUCUAUUGAAAGUCAGCCCUCGGCACAAGCUAAACAUCCCGGGAGCAUAGAAUCUGUCCAUAUGUUUAAAACAAGGAGCCAGGAACCCUUCCUAUCCUACUUUGUGGAUAACUCAGCAAGAAAAAGAUCUUAACUGUUAAGCAGGAGCCUGUGCCAUAAAGAGAAGAAAUGUAUUCCGUGCAUGCUUAGAGAUUAUGCCCUCUUUGGACCGCUUUUAAAACACUGCUAUCUAGACCGCUGGGAAAGCAAGAGACAGACAUCAGUACGUCUCGUUCCACAUGUCAGCCCACACCUUCCAGAAGCAGAGAGCCCAGGCGAGAGGCGCUCCUAAGUAUUCCUUAGGCUUCUACGGGAUUAUAAAUCAAACUCUUUAACAUGGAAAGCAAUGUAAUUUCUGAAGCAUCUUCACUUUUCACCUUUGGAGAUAUUAAAAGACGUGUGAGGGAGAAGAAGAAUGGAGCUCUAAAAAUUGCAAAGCUGAAUAGUUCUCUUGCAUCUAAAAUAAAAACUAAAAUAAUAAGCAACUCUUCACUUUUUAAGACUUCUCUGAAACAUAAUAAUAAGGCACUGGCCUUAGCCCUCAGUUUGGAGAAAGAAAAUUCUCGGAGGCUGAAAAAUGAAAAGCUCUUACUACAGAAAGAAGUGGAUGAGCUGCACUUGCAGAAUGUCUGUCUUCGCCAAAAACUAAAUUCACUGAAUAAAACCCUCAAAGAAAUAGAAGCAUUCUUGAACAAUAACCUUUUAACUGCAAUUGAAGUGAGCACUUUUUCUGAGCCUAUUAAAAAACCUCUUGCAUUGGAAGGCGAUCUGUGCAACAGUGCCGGUCAUCAGACUGUGAUUUCUGACCACCCAGUUCGAUCUAUUCGACAACAUAGCCCUUUUCUUACAGGGCAAGAUAGAAAACAACAGAAUAACACCUUUGUAUGUAAAAGAGAUACUCUUUUAAAACAGAUGCCUGUAUUAUCAAAGGAAAUUGAAGCAGAUCAAAUCAAUAUUGAAGUUUUAGUAUCUGAGGAAAAUAUGCCAAAAUCAAGUGACACAAAUAAAAUAGAAACAGUAUUGGUCACAAAUACAUUUUCAAAAGAAAAUCAGUCAUGCAUAGAGCAGAUUUCCAGUAGUAUCUUUAUGCUGGAUGUGGAUAAUGCAUCUUCUAUACUUGAAAGGCAUCCAAGAGCGCAUAACAGUAGUCCAUUGCCAAGCCAUGGCUAUGUGACUGAAAGGAAGAAACAAGCAAUGUCUUAUACAUCAAAUGUUCAACCUAUUGUAAAUGACUUUGAUAAAAAAGGAAAUCAAAACAGCAUGUUACAUUAUAACAACGCCAAAACCCACACUAAUAAUGAGAUAGGACAUCAGACAGGCCCAAACAGUGUUUCACACACAGAGUCAUCUCAGCAACCUUGUAAUGGGCCUGCUCACACAGAUAAAACACAUUUUAUGAAUGAUCAAAAGCCAGAAGAAACGGUGUAUGAUACUGAAAUGGAGUUGACUGCUAGUGAACUAGGUGAGAUACUCACAAUUACAUCAAAAAGAAAAGAUGGAAGUGCUGAUCUAGUCAAAGCUGAUAAAGUUUCAGCAAAUUUGAGAAAGGUUAGAUAUCCCAAUACAGAAAAACAUAUUAAAGAAAAAGAUCACAAUAAGCCUAAAAUACAUAAUGAAAAUGUUCCAAGUAGUGGAAAGAUUAAAAACAUCCACACUACUACAUCUCAAAAAUUUCAAAAGCAAGGGAAAAAGUUGUUUCAAAGAAGAGCUACUCAGGCAAUUGAAGUGAACAGCACCAAUGAUGUUGGAGAAAAUUCCAUUAAUAACAACAAGAAUAGCAGACAGAUGCACGCAGUAAAACAUGUAGACCUAAAGAGUCAGCAAACCACUAAUGUUUUACAAAAGGGGGAAAGGAAAGAUAUUAUUUCUGAAACAGCAGACAGUUCAAACAACCAGUCCCCAGAACAAGACAGCAGUAAGAAGCCAUUAGAAAGUGUUUGUAUUGAAAACUUGUCAUCUGCAGAAAGCCACACCUCUGAUGUAAUGGCUUCAAAGCAGGAUUUAUUAGAUAUAAAUGUGACCACCAAACAGAUAGUGAAAAAGGUUACCUAUCGUAAUGCUUCCAAAAUGAACAAACAAAAUGACUGUGGAAUAGAAAAUGAGAAGCAUGCCAGAAGGAAUCUGAGAAGACUUGGAUCAAAGGAAUGCAGACCUGAUUGCCAGACAAAACAAGACCCAAAGACAAAUAUAAAAAUGGAGUAUAACAACAGAGAAGUUAAUUGCAGUUGUGGAACAGCAGCGAGAUCUACUAAUGCUUCAGGUGUUCCAAACACAAAACAAAUCAAGGAAGAAUUUUCACAGGGAGAUACAAGGCGAAUUUUUGCAAAAGCUAGCCGGAAAACAUAUAUUAUAUAUCCAGACUCUCUUAAGCAGAAAAAAACUUCAGAGAAACAAGAAGUACAUGAAAACGUUCUAUUUAAUGAUAUUACCCAUAAGAGAGUUGAAAAUAUGCAAAGAAUUUCUAAUAUUCAGAAUUUUACACCUUUGUGCUCCCUAAAGGAGACUGAGUUUUGUGUUAACACUUUCAAUAAAAGGGAAGAAUCUACAACAAAGCUAAGCAGAAAGACCUAUGUUGUUCGUUCAAGUGAUGAAGAUAAAAACAAAGAAAAAGUUAUUUCUAGCAUUACUGAAACACCUAUAGGGUUCCAUAAAAUUCCCCAAAACAUCCCAAUACUGAAGAGCCCUGAAACCUUGCCAAUAACAUACCAUGAAACAAAUGAGCAUGCUCUUACCGGGGAAGUGGACAUUACUUGUGAAGAUUCCUACACUAGAACAUCAAUUCCAGAUUCCGGGCAUAAACCUCUGCAAGAUCUAACAAAUAUCCACAUAUAUUCCUUUCCAAAACCAAAGGAAGAUUUAGAAGGCAAUUCUACACCCAUGGUUAGACGCAGGCGAGCCACCGUUUGCUACAAAGAACCUAGAAUAAAUAGCAAAUUGAGAAGAGGAGAUGAGUUCACUGAUACAAGAUUUCUUAAUUCUCCAGUCUUCAAAGUAAAAAAGAGGCAAAGCUUUAAGAGUAAAUCAAGAUUAAUCUAAAGAGGAUAUACAGAAAAGCUACUAGCUUUAUUAAGCACAUUUUAUGACAAUAUUGUUUCUUCCUUACUCUGUUUCAUUGAUUACAGUUUAUUGUCCUACACUCUUUUUCCAUAUUAAAAAAAACACAAAAUUAAUGAGAAGAGCAAGACUAGAAUUACAUCUUUAAAAUAUUUCCAUUAUUAAACCUUCUUAGUAAGUUUAAACAUUUCCAAGAGGACAUAUUAUCUUUUAAAAAGUUAAAUUAAAAGUUAUAUGUUGUAGAUUGGAUAAAAUCAGUCUAAAUCUUUUUAAACUGAAUAAUAAAGAUUUCAGAGGAA